ACAACCGUACUCUUCAAACAUCCUUCCUCACGAUUGCCCUGACAUCAUUCGUUGUCGCUUCGAGUUGGAAGUAGGGUCGCAACGAAGCUUGCUCCACGCCAUGACCAUCACUUUGUACAACGUAGACAGGAGUCCACCUUGCGCUUUUGUGCGCUCACUAGCAAAACAUUUGGCAAUUGAGCUGAAGCACAAGAACUUGGACUUCACCAACAAGGAGCACUGCAGCGACGAAUACCUAAAGAUUAAUCCAUUUCACAAAGUCCCUGCAAUUGACGAUGAAGGCUUUAUUGUUUACGAGAGCAACGCCAUCGCGUACUACUUACUGCGAAAAUACGCCCCCGAGUCGAAGCUCUACCCAACCUGCAUCAAGACUCGCACCCGCAUUGACCAGGUUCUUGCGUGCCUUUCAAGCAAUAUUUACAGUGCAACGGUUGCCUUCCUCCUUCCCCGAUUCGUGGAGAACACCAAGCCGACGGCUGAGGAGAAGUCGGCAUUCGAAGAAAAUGUCCUCAGAGGGCUCGAACACCUGAUCGGUGACAAGUUCGCGGUCGGCGAAACCUUCACUCUCGCCGAUGUCGCCAUGACCUCGCUCGUUGCUACGGCUCUUGAGAACAAUCUUGUGGACUAUACGAAGUUUCCCAAGCUGAGAAGCUACUACGAACGAGUCAAGCACGAGCAACCUUGCUUUGAGGAAAUCUACGGGCCUGUCCUAAACAACAUGAGGCAACUGUCGGCUAGAUUAAAGUAGACCUCCAAGUGGUAACAAACAUUGCUGCCGAAUGUUGCGGAACCACAUUUUUCGCUUGUAAAGCAUAAUAAUUUUUAACAUUGCUCACAAGAAUCUCUAUAUGCGAAUUUGUCUAAAGUUCUUUUGGAGCGUUCCAUAAAGUGAACCUUUGUUUGCCUCUUUUU